AGUGCCUAGUUUACUCUCAUUUCCGGGUAUGUCAUGUGACUCUCCGGCCGCACCAUGGCGGAAGCAGAGGAGCAGGAAACUGGGUCUCUUGCAGAAUCUACGGAUGAGUCUGAGGAAGAAGAGAGUGAGGAGGAGCCCAAACUGAAGUAUGAAAGGCUUUCCAAUGGAGUAACUGAAAUUCUUCAGAAGGAUGCUGCUAGCUGCAUGACAGUCCAUGACAAGUUUUUGGCACUGGGCACUCAUUAUGGCAAGGUUUAUUUACUUGAUGUCCAGGGGAACAUCACUCAGAAGUUUGAUGUAAGUCCCGUGAAGAUAAAUCAGAUUAGCCUGGAUGAAAGUGGAGAACACAUGGGUGUGUGUUCAGAGGAUGGCAAGGUAUGGCAAGCUUGUGGUCACGUUGCAAGUUGUGCUCCAGCACCAGCCCCAGGUGGUUGGAAAAGCACUCUGCUUACUAUAUACCUGCAUUAA